AUGUCCCGGGAGAAGGUGCUCUCAAAGAAGCCAUGGUGGAGCGUGCCUGAAAACUUAGUGCAGCCAUUGGAAUUUUGCAUGUAUGAGGAAACUGAAGAGCAAAUCUUUGGCACAGGCCCUUCAGACACGCUCCUUCACCGAACUGAGGGUCACAGCGGCUCGCUUAUCCAUCUGGAACGGUGGUUUCAGCCUCAGGUGGUCCUCGUUGUGGACGCGAGAGAGAUUUAG